CUUCGUCAUCUAUGGGAAGACGAACGCAAUCCUUCUCUCCCCCCGAUGGAUCCUUCUCAACCGGAGGCCCUUUUCCCUCUUUAUCACCCCGCCAAACCCCUCCCCUUUGAACUAGUCCAACACACAGCGAUCUUCUUUGAAGAACGGCUCUAUACGCAGGCCCUCACUCUCCUCUUGAACAUUCUGACAUCUCAUCCCUGCGCCUCGUCCCCGAUUUUCGUUCCCUCUCCGCAGCACCUCGCCCUCGCUGCUACAUUCCUUGUCCACCCCUCCACUACUGAUCGGGCCAAGACAACCGAGGAGGAAGAAGCCCCGAAUGUAUCCCUUCGUCUUCUCCGGCUUGUGAAUAGCCUUGUCGGGCCCAUUGCCGCCCAAUGCAGCACUGCGUUCUCUUUCACACAUUUUGAGUCCUCGCGUCAGGGCAGACGUCGCCAUGCAGAUGAUUCUCGCGCCGCCUUGACGAACCAGACCACUCACAGGGAAAAGAAACCAUUGAACCUGGAUCGCGAUAUUGCUCUAGAUCUAUCUCACUCGAACUCCGUUUGGUCGCGCGCAGAGGAUUUCUGGCAUGCAGUUGGUUGGGCCUUCAAUUGCUCGGUCCUGCACCCGGCUCGGUGGGAGCGCUGGCGCAUUUGGCUGGAGUUCAUGUGCGAGAUCCUCGAAGACGACUGGGGCGAGCGCUGUCGACAGAAGGCGAAAGACCCCGCACACGACAAUAAAAUUGUACAGGACAGCAUAAUUGCCCACUACAUCCAUGGCCACAGUGGGAGCUUCGGCCGUAACCGGCGCAUCCUGCGCGCUGUCUUCGCCGAUGGCUCAUCCGCAGCCGUCAACGAGUUCCGCGAGGUAUUCCACCACGAGGUGAAGCACUCGCGGAAGAAACACGGCGAGGGAACCAGCAGUAUCAAAAAAAGACAAGUCGAGGUCAACAUCGACAGCGAACAAUACGGCGACUAUCUAACCGACGGCCGAGAUGAUGAUCCCGAUGACGACCACGACACUCCCACCGCCGCAUCCCACAACAACAACAACAACCACCACCACGAGCUUGAGCGCGAACGCGAAACAAAACGUCCUCGCAGAGUCACCAGAUCCAGAAAGCCCGCCAACACGUCCGCGCCCACCGCCACGGAACAAACCGUGCAUAUGACCACGGCCUCUCUCCUCGGCGACAUGGCCUCGCUCGCCCUGCGCAAACGCCUCCUCCACCUCCUCUCGCUCGUCUCCCAAUCCCUCCCGAAACACUUCAUGGCCCUCCAGGACCUCUACCACCUCUUUGUCGAAAACAUCCGCCCCCUCCCGCUCCCCAUCUUCCAGUCCUUCGUCAACCCGCUCACCCUCCCCUGUUUCUCCCCGUCCGCGCAAACCUCCCUCUGUGAAUUCCUCCUCUUCCGCAUUCGCGAAACGGCCGCCCCCGACACAGACGACGACUACCUCACGCAAUCGAAGCUCGAGAUCUGCUUCCUCCCCUACGCGGCCGCAACAGCCAGCAUCGUCGACAACGCCAAGAUGUCCAUUGCGCUAGAGGCCCUGCUCAUGCUCCUCGCCGAGACGCGGAUGCUUCAUGUCACGCCGGGGUUUCAAGAAGCCCUGGAGUGUGGUAUUGAGCGGCGCGCCGAGCGAGUCCAGGUCGAGAAACGCAAGAAUCAGAUCGCUAGGAUGGCCGAGGGCUUGGAGUUCGCGUGGUUGAUUGAAAGUGGGGAGAGGUUGAGGUUUCUGGUUGACGAGGUGAUUCCGUUUCAUACUGGGGGAAAUGGGGGUUCUUGAAUUUUCCUCCUUUUUUUUUUUUUUUUU